UGACUCGGAUGAGGUGCACUCCAUUUUAGGCACCUACACUGCGGUGACCCGUUCUGAGUUCACUUCAGUUCUGUGGCUCGAUGGCGAAGCAGUUGACUCCUACAGCAGCGAUGGCGCGGUCAUCAUGCCCAUGCGAAACUGGAUGCGUGAAGGUGACGGCCAUGAUCUGUGGAACACAGUCAGACGCCUCAAUAUGCAGCAAUGGGACAGAGGCAGAACUGCCAUCUUAAAUGACAAAGGAAUUCAAAUGGCUGGUGCUGCCGUCCUGCAGGGGAGAUUCGGCUGUGAGAUCGAGCUAAACCCGUAUUUAAGAAAUAGGAGGAUCUUUGCACAGUUCGGAUGGAAUGGAGAGGACUUCCUGUCCUUCAACAUCUCCAGGCAAAAGUGGGAGGCUUCAGUGGGAUCUGCUGUCCCCAUUGAAACCAAGUGGAACAGUGACACGGACAUCAUCAAAAAUACGUCAUUCUAUGUAGACUUCCUCUGCGUGAGAAAUGUGAUGAGAAGUUUGUCCUACGAAGAAAAGGAGAGCCAGGAGACACCUCAGCCCACUGCUGCAUUAUUCGCUAAGAGAUACCAGAACACUGGGAAGGUUAUUCUUACCUGCCUAGUUUCAGGAUUUCGCUGCAUUAACAUGACGGUGGGGUUUUAUCAGGAUAAAGACAUCUUGGCUGAAAAAGAUGGCGUUUUGUCCACUGGGAUCAGACCGAACGGGGAUGGGACCUGCCAGCUGAGAAAGAGCUUGGACAUCUCAAACAGCACUGAGGAGUCCUAUAGCUGUGGAGUCCAUUUUAGAAAUCUGACGGUCAAAUGGGACGGGAAGAUAUGGGACCUGGCUGUAGACCAUAGCAAGAGGCAUCACUACUGGUUACUAGCACUUAUAGUGCUUUUCAUUUUGAUGCUGAUGCUCAUAUGGUUCACAGCUGUGAAACAGGACAAAUUCACCAAGGAAGUGUGACCCUCGCAUCUUAUCUUGCAGUCACACUGAGGGAAUUGACUGUGACAACCACCGCCAGUUUAAAUCCUCUGCCGAUGUGAUCUGGAUCUUGUGGCGCUGCCAAAAUAUGGCAGGAUCUGGUGGAUACACACACUCAUGCAGCGAUUGGCUGCCAU